GGAACUACCAGUGGAAGUCGCAACUAGGAAAAGUCGGCAGCCGGAUGGCCGACUUCAAAGAGGAGCGAAAUCCUGAGGAUGGGACUCUCGGGUACUGCCGAUGGGACUGAGGUACCAAACAAGAACAAAGUGGCCGCGAGUGUGUGUAUAGAUGCGCGAGGUUUUUUUUUUCUCUUUUGGGCGCCAUGCGGUGACCACGACGAGGAGACCACAACGGAGGAGGGGGAUCCUGCAAUAGAGGAGGAGGAGGAGCGUGUAAUGGAGGAGGAGGAAGAGAACUACGAGGAGGAUGGAGGAGGAGGAGGAGGAGGAGGAGGAGGAGGGAGCUACAGCGGAGGAAGAGGAGGAAGCUAUGGCGGAGGAGGAAGAGGAGGAAGAGGAGGAAGAGGAGGAGGAGGAAGAGGAGGCUACGAUGGAGGAGGAGGAGGCCCUCCCUUUCCUUCUCCCCUGUCUUCUUCGCUCACCCGUCUUCCACUGCCGCUGCGUCGCUGCGGACGGUCCACUUGUAAUUUUAAAGACAAAUAAAUUCCACACCCGCACACAAUUUUUCCUACAGCAAGAAAUAAUCAAAGGCAGAUAAGAAGAAACAAAUUGUGUGUGAUGAC